AUGUCCUCUGAACGCUUGAAAGGCAAAGUAUGCAUUGUGACUGGGUCGUCAUCCGGCCUUGGUCGAGCAAUUGCUAUGGGAUAUGCUCGCGAGGGUGCAACACUUGUAUGCGCUGAUCUUCAACCAAAUGCCCGCUCCGAAGUAAGCUCAGAAACCGCUGUCAACACCGAUCAGAUGAUUAGAGAGAAAUUUGCUGGUCGUGCAUUGUUUGUUCAGACAGACGUCAGCAAGGGCGAAGACUUCGAAGUAUUGGUUGCAAAAACAGUUGAGGCUUAUGGUCGCAUUGAUGUCCUGGUCAAUAACGCAGGCAUAUCAAUCGAAGCUGGCCGAGCGCCUGCUCGAAUACAUGAGACUCCCGACGACACAUGGGAUCGAACAAUGGCGGUCAAUGCGCGCUCGAUUUUUCUCGGGUGUAAACAUGUUGUCAGUCAGAUGUUGAAACAAAGCGAACAUCCUGGUAGCGAUCGAGGUUGGAUCAUAAACAUCUCAUCAAUUUUUGGAUUGGUUGGUGGUUACAAUAAUUGCGCAUAUGCUGCAUCAAAGGGCGCGGUCACCAAUCUUACCCGGCAGAUAGGACUAGACUAUGCGAAAGAUGGAAUCCACUGCAAUGCGAUUUGUCCGGGAUACACUGCGACGGCGAUAUUUCAAAAUACAAUAGCCCAUCUGGAUGAUCAUGACUCGAUUCGGACAAAGCACCCAUUGCAUGGCAUUGGGAAGCCAGAAGAUAUUGUUGGUGCGGCGAUUUUUCUGGCCAGCGCCGAGGCCCGUUGGAUAACAGGUGUUAACCUCCCCGUAGAUGGAGGCUUUACAUGUCAAUGA